AUGGACGUUGCCACCGACAUAGUGCAUGCUCUUGAGAUCUGCACCCGUCUGAACGAAUGGACCCGGAAGCCUACGAAUUCGCCAGUGAUCUCUCUCCUCCAACAACAUGUUGCAAAACUAUCAGCACAGGUUCAAUGCCUUGGAAAACAAUUCAGUCACCCUACGUUUCCGAGCGAUGCUCAUAGUCUUGAUGAGGUUGCCAAAAUCUUGCAUUCCGUCAAGAACCUACUCUUUCAGGCGUUCACUUUGUUGGACAUUUGCUCCACUGUGGAAAAAGAUGGAGACGAGGGUGCUCUGAAUGCACUAUUCGCGUCUCUUUUCGUGAACGAUACCAAGGUGGAUCUAGGAGAAGUCCGUUACAUAACGGAUCGCAUUCAUCAAUCCGGUCAAGAAUGUCACAAGAUUUUAUCUCGUUGGUUCGGUCCUGAAGCAACGGCACGCAAUUGGUCGUGGGGCACCAGCCCGAAGCCCCCAACAGAUGUUUUCGAAGAAUUGAUCCCAGAACUCACUUCUCUUCUCGAGAGAGACCUCUCCAGAUUCAGCCCCCGAUAUGUCCACACCUACAACACUACUCGUGACGUGCCUUACAUUGUUGAUAGUUCAGCUCCUCCAACUUCAGGCAGCUGCGGAAUCGUACGAAAGGUUGUGCACCGCCAGACACAAGAAUCAUUCGCCCAAAAGACGUUUCAAAAUAUAUUCUCAGCCGCAGAUCGCAAAAAUGUUCUCAAGGAGCUUGGUGUUCUGGAACUCUGUUUUCAUCGGAAUAUCAUCCAACUUAUCGGAGCCUAUGAUGUCAACGAAGAGCCAUACAGCAUCCAUAUUGUCAUGACACCCUGGGCGCCAUAUACCUUAUUGGAGUUCCUUUGCGGUGAGGAUGCCGACAGGAAGGCAAAAUGUCCUUGGUUUGAGCAGCAUUCCGUCACAUCAGACACUUGUAUUUAUCGUAUGAUGUACGAGGUCGCCGAUGCUGUUCGUUAUCUCCACCGUCUUUCUAUCAAGCACAAAGACAUCAAACCUGAUAACAUACUCUUGCAUCGCGAACAGCAAACCGGACGUUGUAUUCCAAUUAUCACUGAUGUAGGGAUCAGCAAGGUCUUUCGACGUGGUGCAGACACGGACUACGACAAAGGCUCGUACCAAUAUCUUUCCCCGGAGCAAUUGAAACACAAGGAAAGUAGCCUGAAAGCAGACAUCUGGCAGUUGGGAUGCUGCUUUGCAAUGCUUCUUACUGUGGCAAGGGGAGGCACAUCGGCUAUGGACAAGUUAUGGACUGCCUUUCAAAAAACAGUCGAUAGGCGCGCAUGCAAUAUUGCAAUCGAAUAUAACCAUUUCAUGGAGACCUUCAGAGGAAUUUGCAUACCAGGAGAUGCCUCACAAGAGCACGCGCAUUCUGUGACAUGUCGAAUGCUGGAGAUGGAUCCAUUGGUUCGCAUUGAUAUUGAGGCUGUCCGGACAGAGAUGGAAAGAUUGCCGCAUGAUUGA